AUGCAAUCCCCCGGAGAGGAAGCCGAUAUCCCCAUCAAAAAUGAGGCCCUGGAUUACCCCCCGUCCUUCGACUACCCAGAAUCCUGCCUCCUCAAACGCCACCGAUCUGAUCAUGACCAAGGUGGAGCAGACAAACGACAGAGGGUCGACCUUGUUCCCACAAUAGAGAAUGAAAAUACGUCCGAUACCUCAUCCUUAAGCAUCACAAACAUGGCUGUCCAAGGUUCAGAAGAUGUCCUGCACCCGUUUCUGGCCGAAUCUUCUAUUACACCCAAUUGUACUCAAACGACCAACCAUGAAACAAGUGUCCCUAAUGGUAAUGGCUUUAUAUCAGACCCAUACCUUUAUAUGCGGAUCUUCAGCCUUCCUAUAUUAGAGAGUCUGUCCACCCAGAUAUUGGCGACAUUAGCACAAGGACCGUAUAUCGACACUGUCAGGAUUGUGCAGGAUCCAGACUCUGAGCUCGGUCAAGCCUACGCUACGCUAAAAUCACUCUUUGACCAGACCAAACAGAUAUAUUCCAAGGAUGGAUUAUUUCUAUCUGCAGACGAACUCAACAUCAAAGAGCCGGAGCAUAGAGCCACUAUUCGAACUACAAAUCUUGCUUCUUUUUCUGCAGCUGUAUUUGCAUCUUCCGCAGGGUUCUACGAACUCAGCUCCUCCUUUAUUGACAUAGUCACCCCUGAUGGUGCCUGUCUAGAGAAGGAGCCAGGCGAACUUCUCGUAAACCUCAAGACCCAGAUGUACUUAUCAAGGAUUGCAUCAGAAGAGCAGCGGGAGAAUGAGACAAAGGAAGAUAUUCUCGAAGACAUGUUUCCAUUCGACUUUGAGGAUGUGUUGAGAAACAGGCAUCCAGAUACUCCUCUUUCAAAGGAUGAGCUCGAGUUAAUCGACUUAGUCAAUCAUCGCCGAGAAUUCUUGAUAAAAGAGCAUACUGAUGUGGAGUCUAUACAGGUACUAUCGGAGAAGUUUGGCUGGGAGGGAUUCUUGACCGAUGUCAGUACUUACUUGAAAAAUAAUUAUGAACCUCUUCUCGCCCCCUACAUGAAACGCCAUGCUCUCACAACACCUGUGUCGCCUCGGCCGACUCCAGACCCCAACGAUCUUGGGAAACACUGUAGUCCAGCAUAUAAAUAUCAGAAUAUCAAUGGCGCAGCAAGUUCACUUGACCAAGAUAUCUCUGUUCAUGCACAGCAAGCGGCGGACGAAGUUUUGAGAGCAUUGGGAUACACUAGCGAAAGCCAAGCAGUGGAAACGCAAAAAAGUUCUCAACACAGCCCGUACCAUACCUCGAAUACCAUUCAGAAAGUCCCGUACCCGACCCAAAGUGCGCCAACUCAAGAGCUGUAUGAGAAGGCUCGCCAAGCGGCUGCGAGUACCAAAGCGGGUAACGUAAGUGCGCGACGUCCUGGAGCCCCUAGCCAAAGACGACCUUGGUCCACUGAGGAGGAAAACACUCUGAUGGCUGGUCUUGACCAGGUCAAGGGACCGCACUGGAGCCAGAUUCUCGCCAUAUACGGGCAAAAAGGGACAAUCAAUGAUAUUCUCAAAGACCGAAACCAAGUCCAGCUCAAGGACAAGGCUAGGAACCUCAAGCUAUUUUUCCUAAAGAGUGGCAUUGAGGUUCCUUAUUACCUUCAAUGUGUCACAGGAGAGUUGAAGACGCGAGCGCCAUCCCAAGCCGCCAAGAGGGAAGCUGAACAUCGCGCACGACUUGCGAGCGGGGAUGAGCAAAUGCGGCAAGACAGCAUUUCCGCGCUGACUGGUAUGGCAAGUCACGGCUAUUAUCGAGAGCCCACAGGCAGCUUCUCAUCACCGGAAAUUAGUGAAUAUGAUGGCCCUGAGAAGUUUCAGCUUGUCGAACCGGCUCGGAUUUGUUUUCAAACCCAAGAAGUGCCUGUAGCCCCAGUGGCACCGAUGAUACACAUGUCAGAUUGA